GGCCCCGGGAACGGAGCGGUCGGGGCGGAACUUCCCCUCAGCCCGAGGCGACCCGGAAGCGGAGGCGGAGGCUGAUAACACCUUAGAAGACAAAAAGAACCCAUAGAGACAAUGUUCAGCUUCUUCCGAAAAAGUCAAGAUUCAAAGAAGGUUACAGUGCCAGAGAGAGAAGCAGAUGGAUUUGUUAUUGUGGGCGACACAGCUGAUGAUCAAAGUAGAGAGUCAAAGGAUAAAACUUCAUUUCCAGAGACCAGACCAGGGUACAAUCAACCUCCACAGAUAAAUACAGGGCACCAGUCGCAGUUGAGUGUAUCAAGCACAGAGGUGGGAAAUCAAAGGGGUCAGACUUUGGAAAGCAGCCCUUUCAUGUCAGACCUCCUGAGCGACGUCCCCUUUGCCCUCGCACCACAUGUGUUAGCGGUGCAGGGCACCCACACUGACGUUCCUGACCGACUGCUCACCUACGACAUCAAUGAUAAUUUAUCAAGAUUUUGGUAUGACUUUACACUUGAAAAUUCAGUGCUUUGUGAUCCGUAGUGUUUUCUUUACUUUUUUCUGCCUCUGUCAAGGAACAAGUCUUAAAGUGAAGAUACAGACUUACUUUAAUCGACUUAAUAUUUUGGGGGCCUGCCACUGAUCUAUCAAAUGGUUUAUUCACAACUGUGAUAUAUUUCUUAGCUUUAAGUGAACUAUAACUUACUAUGUUAAAUACUCCAUUUAUUUCCAAAGAAAUCAAGCAAAAGCGUUUCAGGCUCAGUCAGAGACUGKCUGUUGGUAUCUACUUCCAGGAGGUAGGCUGCAGACACACAUUUCAUGACUUUAAGAGGAAGUCUAUGUGUCAACUGUUUUGUUAUUUCAAUUAGUUACAAAACACAUAGAUCCUGUUGCAUAUGUUAAGAUCACCUCUGAUUUUGUACAGACAGAAACCAAUAUUAACAUUAAAGCAAUCUGCUCUGCCCUACUGGACAAACAGCUUUUCCGUAAAACCAGGUUUUAAAACUCAGAUUAAUUACAAGCCCUUAAGUAAUCAUGAAGACUUAAUAGAAUUGGUUAAACUUACCAAUUUCAAAGUGAAAAUAAGUUGGUUCCUUCCCUUUUCCAGUAGAUGGUAUUUUGUCCGUCUCAUUUUGUGCCUGCCUGGAGAAGUUGUCCCCGCCUGCCUGUUGGCUGCUGUUUGUUCUCAUUACCACAUGUGUUCCUGAUUUAUAUACAGAUCAGCUUUUCCAUUUUAACCUCUUUGCCCCCUGAAGAAGGAAAUCUCAGGACAUGUACUUUUAAUGGUCACACCCUUCUUUUUUUAAUUUGUGUGCCAGAGUUACAGAUGGCAAUGUUUAACAACAGGAAAACAUUACAUUGUUUCUUAUCCAACUAAAUUAAACUACUAAAUACCUAAACAUGCGUUCUCACAGACCUCUGUGUCUCCACUCACAAGCUUUGAGCGUGUUUUUCUUGACUAAGACCAGAGUUGCUGUUCCACCAGCAACUGCUCUCUGAUGUCACAUCACAAUUUGUGRUGAAUAAUGAUCUGUGGCACUCACUUGUUUUCUCUCUUGGGGUACAAUAUAUAUGUUGUGCUAAAUGUUAGUCGAUAUUUUCCUAUAUUUUUUAUGCUCUGUGGUAGCUUAAAGUACAUAUAUUUUCAGRCUUGGAUCUUCUUACAGUAUUUGAGAUAAAUACUGUAAAUGAUGAAGAAAUUAUAUUGUGAAUAUGUUUUAGGUUGUUAAAUAUUAAUGGUUUAGAUUUUUUUUUAAUGUGCGUAUUUAAUAUUUUUGACCACUGUGUUCUUAAAUGUUUUGAAGUUAUUGUUUCAAGGGGAAUAUCUGUGCUGCACUCCAGUAAAGAGAUGCCAAGUAAUAAUGAGUUAUUUUUAUAUGUGAGAGUUAUUGUGUGGUUUCACCUAUAUUGUUUACUACAGCCCUGACCAUUCAGCUUUUAUGGGAACUUGAACUUGGAAAUUUGGUUUGAAAAUCUUUUCCRUGUCAUUUGAAAAUCGGUGUUCUUCUAAUAAAAUAUAUCACAC